CUCCGGCCCCACACCCGGGUCACCGCCCUCCUUCUGGGUUGACAAGACGCAGGCACGCACGUUCGUUUCAUUUUGGCCGAAGCAUUGCCUCGCUCGCAUCGCUCGAGGCAAGCUAGGGCAACGAUCAGGUCAGGUCCGACAAGCGAGCGCAUGUGCUUCGAAAUGAGAAGGUUUGGAAGGGGGAUAUAAGAAUGCUGGGGUCCGCCAAGGAUAGCUGCUUUUCCCUUAUCCCCAUUCGCCAUGAUGUUCACCUUCACUCCCACCCUCCUUCUGACCACCCUCGCCGGCCUCGCGAGCGCGUUCCCCUCAUUCAACGUUCCUUCGUGCAACCCCCGCGAUCUCACGCAGCUAUCUUGCUCGGCCAAAUACAAUGUUUCAACGGACUCGUGCUGCUUCAAUGGCGCACUCGAGCCUGGACAAAAGGAGUCCGGUCUCGUCCUGACGACCCAGUUCUGGGAUGCCCAGCCUUCAAGAGGGUCAAAGGACUCCACGACUGCUCAUGGACUCUGGCCUGAUUACUGCGAUGGGACGUACCCACAAUACUGCUCAGCCGACUCGGGCAUCAUCGCCUUUGGCAACAACCUCACGGGCAUCCCCUCUAUCAUUCGCAAGUACAAUCCUCCCCUCGCCUCCUACUUGGACCAAAUCUACGCAAACGACUCCUCCCUCAUGACGCACGAGUACGACAAGCAUGCCACCUGCUUCAACACCUUGCGACCUCAAUGCCAGGUCACUUUCCCCGGCGGCCCCUCGCAACAGGAGCAGAUCGUGCUGAGCUACUUUGGAGAGAUCGCAAACAAGUUCAGGUCUCAACCCACGUACAACUGGCUGAAGAGCGAGGGCAUUACCCCUUCCAAUACUACGACGUACACGCUCGCUCAAUUUGAACAAGCGCUCACCAAGCACUACGGCGCAAAGCCCUUUGUGGGCUGCAACAACCGAGGCUCGACGUUCGACGAGGUGUGGUACUACGCUCAUACGUACGGGCCCGUCGUCGGUGGACACUACGUUCCUACCAACUCGACGACGAAGAGCUCGUGCACUGCGGCGACGAUCAAGUACCUGCCUAAGUGAGGCAUCUCCGCCCUUAGGGAUUUGCAAUCUUUCUUUCGUAGACCGUCGCAGUAACAAUGUUGAGAUUGAUCGAGUACACACUCUGACGCUGAGAAUUGCCCACUUUAUCGAGCCUGCGGCGACGUCAGAACGAACUCGGUACGCGAGUGAGCCACGCGAGGUCACGGCUCAUCACACGGUCUCGUCUCGCUGGUCUUUGCGUCUGAUGAUGAUCAUGAUGACAAUGGUGAUUCGAGCGCUUUCUGACGCUCACGAAGAUAAUGAUGGUGAUGAUGAUGAUGAUGAUGAUGAUGAUGAAAUCUCUACGAAAAGGGAAUGAGUGACAUGGGGGAAGAGUGAGGCCGGGGUCUGCAUCGCGUGGUGAUGGUGAUCGCGGGUCAACCCUCAACAUGAUGACGUUGGUCAU